AUGUGCAUCCUCCGAAGGCUGGUGCAAAAUGGGACUGUAAACCCAUCAAUCCAGAUCCAGCUUCUGGGAGAUGUAGAAAGAGUGGGUAAAGGCUUGUGCCCAGAGCACAAUAAUUCGCCCCCUGGAGAUGGUUUAGUGCACUGCACAGCUCCAAUGACUUAUGAUGAUUUCUGCAAGACCCAGGGGCUUGUCAAUGUCACAUGGGAAUGCACUUGGAAUGUUUUGGUGAAGGAACAAGAGGCAACAACUAAAAGCCCAGAUGCAGUGGCUAGCAAUCUUCUGAAUCAAACACAGAAUGUGGCAUCUUUAAACUCAACUCAGGUCAAUCAGCUGGUCAGCCAGCUAGAGAAUCUUAUCUCCGCACCCAACAUUAGUCUGGAUCUAGGCCGAACAGUGCUGUCCGUCAUCAACAACUUUCUUAACAGCUCUACAGAUACUAUGGCUGCCUCCUCUAACCGAUUAAUCAAAGCUGUGGAUAAUUUGGGUCUGAAACUUGUGAUUCACGACCAGACUGAAAACAUCGCAUUUGAUUCACUCGCUUUGACUGUGACCAAAGUUGAUGGGAGCAACUUUGGGACAACAUCAUUCUCAAUUGCAGAUCCCUUAAACCCACAGGUCACAAAAGGACUUCAGAGACAAGUCAGGGCAGUGGAAAGUUCCUCCCCUCUGGCCAAAAUAACACUACCUGCGUCCCUGACAGAGAACCUCUCUCCAGAAGAAAAGAAGAUAGCUUCUAGAGUCCAGUUCACUUUCUUUCAGAAAAGCACAUUUUUUCAGGAUAAAAACCUGAGUCAACAUAUGCUGAACAGCCACAUUCUGGGCUCUAGUGUGGCUAACCUGUCAAUCAAAAAGCUGAGGGAGAAUGUUGAGUUUACUCUGAGGAAUAAGCAGCCUCCGGGGAACUAUGUAGCUUCCUGUGUAUUCUGGGACUUUCACCAAAACGGAGGUUUAGGAGGCUGGAAUCGCAAUGGCUGCUAUGUCAAGAACAGCACCGAGAAUGAAACCAUCUGCAGCUGCAAUCACCUGACAAGCUUUGCUGUACUACUGGACAUUAGCCAGCAAAGAUUACCUGAUUUACAGGACAAAAUCCUUAACUUCAUCACUUACAUCGGAUGUGGGGUGUCCGCCAUCUUUCUCUCGGUUACUCUGCUCACCUACCUCGCAUUUGACAAAAUCCGACGUGACAUCCCUUCAAAGAUCUUGAUCCAUUUGUGUUUCAGCCUGCUUUUGCUGAACCUGGUGUUCUUGUUGGACUCGUGGAUGGCGUUGUACCGAGAUGCUGAAGGCCUGUGCAUUUCCACAGCUUUCUUCCUGCACUACUUCCUGUUGGUCUCCUUCACCUGGAUGGGGCUGGAGGCUCUGCAUAUGUACCUGGCCAUCGUCAAAGUCUUCAACAACUUCAUGUCCAGAUACAUGCUAAAAUUUUCCCUGGUAGGCUGGGGAGUCCCUUUGGUUGUUGUCAUUAUUGUGAUUGCGGUAAACAAAGAGAACUAUGGCCGAUUUUCUGAUGGAACUAAUGAUUUUUGUUGGCUGAACAAUAACAUAACGUUCUACGUGGCUGUUGUGGCAUACUUUUGCAUCAUAUUUGUGUUGAACCUGGCCAUGUUUGUGGUGGUGAUGAUCCAUCUGAGACGAAUCAAGCGCCGAAACCCUCACAAUAAUCAGUAUCGCAGCAGCUUGCAUGACCUACGUAGCGUUACGGGACUCACUUUCCUGCUCGGGCUUACAUGGGGCUUCGCCUUCUUCGCAUGGGGACCUGUCCAUUUGGCCUUCACGUACAUGUUUACCAUUUUAAAUUCCCUACAGGGAUUUUUAAUUUUUAUUUUCCACUGCGCUCUGAAGGAAAAUGUCCGUAAACAGUGGAGAAUAUACCUCUGCUGUGGCAGUUUACGAUUGGCUGAAAAUUCAGAGUGGAGUCAGACAGCCACAAAGAGCAACCACACUAAAAAGACUUCGAUUGUGACGGCAGAUUCAGGGAUCCACAGUGGACCUCGAAGCUCAGUGAGCAGCGAUGACUCAGUGCCGUCCCAAGGCAUCGGCUCACCAAUGGAUGACAGUCUGAUCAUAUCAGGGGAACUGAAUGACGACGUGGUCCUCAAUGAGAUGAACAGUCAAAUCCGUCCACGAUUCAGAUCUGAAUAGCUUUUA